AUGCCCGCGCUCGUCCUCGGCGUCGCGCCCGGCCUCCUCGGGGAGCCGCGCGGGUUGGGCGCGCUCCCAGGCGCAUUCCUGGCCGGGCAGCCCCUCCUCCUCGGCCUUGGCCAAGGGACUGGCGCCUCCCCGCCUCGCUGCGAUUGUCUCGUGCGGGCGGCUGCGGACGCUCCUGGACGCUGCGGCUGCAGGUCUGCGCGCGGCGCACCUGGACCCGGGACUGCGCCUCCCGAGCGCGGCGGGCCCGGCUGCGCUCCGGGGCUCCCGCCUCCCUCCCUGCCCGAGCCGCUCGGGGCCGCGCGGAGCCCCGCUCCCCGCAGGGGCGGCUGCGGCAUCGGCUUGGGACAACCUCGGCAGGGAAGGCAAAGUUAUUUCCCCUUCCCAAGCAGAAAGGUUCCGAUUGGCAAGAUGGUGCCCAACUGUCCCCGCGCGCUCUUCCUCCUGCUGCUUUUCCUCGCCUGCCCCGAAUCGCGGGCUUCCCAGAACUGUCUCAACAAACAGCAGCUCCUCUCCGCUAUCCGCCAGCUGCAGCAGCUGCUCAAGGGCCAGGAGACACGCUUCGCCGAGGGUGUCCGUCACAUGAAGAGCCGGCUGGUGGCGCUGCAGAGCUCUGUGAGCAGAGCGGGCCCGGACACGCCCCCAGUCUCCUGCCCUGCUCUGAGCACCCCUCCAGACGGCAGAAAGUUUGGGAGCAAGUACUUAGUGGAUCACGAAGUCCAUUUUACCUGCAACGCUGGCUUCCGGCUGGUUGGGCCCAGCAGCGUGGUGUGUCUUCCCAACGGCACCUGGACGGGAGAGCAGCCCCGCUGUAGAGAUAUCAGCGAAUGCUCCAGCCAGCCUUGUCAGAAUGGUGGCACAUGUGUGGAAGGUGUCAACCAGUACAAAUGCAUUUGUCCUCCGGGAAGGACGGGGAGCCGCUGUCAGCAUCACGCCCAGACUGUCGCCCUCGAGGGCAGCGAAGCGGGGGACCCUGCCUUCAGCCGCGCGCCGCGGUGCGCGCAGGUGGAGCGGACGCAGCACUGCAGCUGCGAGGCCGGAUUCCACCUGAGCGGCGCCGCCGGGGACAGCGUCUGCCAAGAUGUGAAUGAAUGCGAGCUCUACGGACAGGAGGGGCGCUCCCGGCUCUGCAUGCACGCCUGCGUGAACACCCCCGGCUCCUACCGCUGUGCCUGCCCCAGCGGAUACCGGACCCUGGCCGAUGGCAAGAGCUGUGAGGAUGUCGAUGAGUGUGUGAGCCCGCAGCACGUGUGCCCCCGGGGUACCGUGUGCAUCAAUACGGGUGGAGGCUUCCAGUGCGUCAGCCCCGAGUGCCCCGAGGGCAGCGGCAACGUGAGCUACGUGAAGACCUCUCCGUUCCAGUGUGAACGGAACCCCUGCCCCAUGGACAGCAGGCCCUGCCGCCACAUGCCCAAGACCAUCUCCUUCCAUUACCUCUCUCUGCCCUCCAACCUGAAGACGCCCAUCACGCUCUUCCGCAUGGCCACGGCCUCGGCCCCCGGCCGGCCUGGACCCAACAGCCUGCGAUUUGGGAUCGUGGGUGGGAACAGCCGCGGCCACUUUGUAAUGCAGCGCUCGGACCGCCAGACAGGGGAGCUGAUCCUGGUCCAGACCCUGGAGGGACCUCAGACACUGGAGGUGGAUGUUGACAUGUCCGAAUACCUGGACCGCUCCUUCCAGGCCAACCACGUGUCCAAGGUCACCAUCUUUGUGUCCCCUUAUGACUUCUGAGGGUGCCAUGGGGUCACGGUGUGCAGCAGUCUGGGCUCAUUUCUCUUCCUCAAAGACUCAGCUGCGGGCGUUGACUGCGACAGACAUCUCUCCCCACCCAGCCCACCGCCCAUCUGCCUGUCCCCCACGUUCCUAGGGCAGCGCCGCACUCUGUCCCAGGAAGUGGCACCAAAGCGCAGCCCCAAACCCAAGCUACUGCCAUCACAUGUUUUUCUGCUUUAAGGCCCUCGCCUUAGGUUAUGCACUUUCGCAGUUGUUUUUUUUUUUUUUUACAGAGGAAUGGGCAGCUUUUCAAAAUGCUGUGUUGAGUGGCAUUGUGAGCUUGAACUAGCUAGGGAGGGAAGAGCUUACGGCAUGUGUCUGAGAUGACUGUCCAGCCUCCUGUAUUGUUAUAGUCAAGCCUUGUUAUGAAGUAGUUCUGGUCAUGCUGAGGGUCAAAUCAUGCCCCUGUGCACGUGGCAUGGGAUGGGGGGGCAGGGUUCCCUUCCACGACCCAGCACGUUCUUGUCUGCAUUCCCCUCUGUGACACGCCUGCCAGCCUUCUCAUCAGAGGGCCGUGGCAGGGCCUGGUCCCCAGUGCAGAUUCAUCCACAUCAAGGAACCAAUGUUCACGUGUAGAUUUUGCCUGAAUUAAUUCCCUUUCGAGAAAUCAUAUCUCAAAACGUAACCUGCUAUUAUAACUGAAGAAGUAAGUCUGUGGCUCAUCCCUGCCCACCUGGCCUGUCCCUGACCAUGAGCUAGCCCAGUUCCUCCUAGGAGGGGGUACCUGGUCCUCUUCCUGUCUAGGCUGGACCCACUGGGAUAAAUGAAUAAGAAAACACAGCCCUUUCCAAGGAAUACAGUUUCAUGUUAUUUGGCAAGGGGCUUCCAAAACUUUUUAUAAGGUAGCACUGCAAACACAUAGCGAAGUACAGACAAUAGAAGGAACCCCACGUCCAAAUCACCAGCUUCAACAAUCACCUCACGGCCAAUCUUGCUUCAUCUCUGCUCUCACCCCACCCCACGAUGAUUCUGAAGCAGAUCCUGGACCUCACGUCAUUUCAUCCGUAAAUAUUUCAGCAUUAUCUCUAAACCAUAAGAACUUUAAAAAAGCAUAACCUCAAUAUCAAUGACACCUAAAAAAUCAGCAAUAAUUCCUUAAUACCUUCAAGUAUUUAGUCAUGGUUCAAGUUUCUGAGUGGCUCGUGAUUUUUUUUGUUUGAAUUAGGUCCAUGCUCUGUAAUUUGUUGAUUCACUUCUUAAAUCUCUAAUCUGUAGCGGUGGUUCUCACGCUUUAAAAUAUAUUGAGACAACCUGGAGGCUUGUUGGAAGAAGCCUCCUUUGUCCUUGUUAGAAGGUCCUUUGUCCUGUAGAAUUUCUCACAGUCUGGGUUUUCCUGAGUCUGUCUCUGUAGUGUCUUCUUUUUUUUUUUUUAACAUCUUUAUUGGAGUAUAAUUGCUUUACAUUGUCUGUAGUGUCUUUGAACAUGGUCCUCUGUCCUAUUUAUUUCUUAUAUAUCAGUAGUUAUAUCUAGAAAUUCAGUCAGACUCCAGUUAGGUUUAUUUUCGCAAGACUACUUUAUUGGUGGUGAUUGAUAGGUUCUUCCAGGGGGAGCUGUUGCACAGCUAGCCCACCCACCUGUCCUGGACUUCAUCUCUAGUUGCCUCUCUUUUCUGAUGUUAACAACUAUUGAUGAUUAUUCCAUAGAUCCCACUACUUCUUUAGGGGUUGCAAAUAGUAUUCUAGUGCUACUGUUUCUUCGUUUAUUAGCUGGCAUACCUUAUAAGGAGAAACUUCCUUUCAUCAGUUAUUUGGUUGCCCUGAGGUUUGGUUUGUACAGGAGAGACUGGAUACAUUUUUUACUUCUUCCCCUUUGUCAGUUUCCAAGGUGGUUCCCUGGCAUCUUUCCAAGCUGUCCAGGGAGAGUUGUUUUCUUUCUUACUGGAAACAUUACAUUACAUUAUGAACUCAUGGUUUAAACAUAUUUGAUAUGUACGUUUCAAUCCAUUGCAGUUCUUAUCUUUCCUGUCACUCAGAUUGUCCUCUUUGGCUCUUGUGAACUGCUUCAAGUUGGCUGAUUCUUUUUGACAUGACCCUAGUGGUCUCUAAUAAGAGCUUUGUAGUUAUCUUGUAUGACAAGACGUUUCAAGCUCAUCUUGUACAUGCUCCAGCCCUGAAGUUAUCGAUUUUUUUACCCAGGGAUCCCUGGUUCCUUUCAGUGGGGAAUGGUCAUUAGAGAUCAAAAUCUGAGUGUAAGGAGGGCUCAUUGGUAGUGGUUUGGUCAUUGUUUCUUGGUUUCAGUGGAAAGAGCUAGGAAAUAAGUACUAUUCAUUUUGUUUUAAGAAGAAACACUACAUGAGUUUAUACUGAUACUUCCAACCCAGCUCAGGAGUACAGGGUUUGUCAUGUAACCUCAUUGAUCUUACAUCUGCUCUUCUCUCUCUCAUUCUGAAGACCUCCUUCUCAAAAUCACCAAAAUAAUUAUACAUUGUUUUAAAUCCUCAGAAUAACAAUGCAAUGAUAACAAAAUUAUCAUCCAAAAAUUACUGAAAACAGUUAAGAUUUUUCUUUCUCAGUUCUUUUUGUCCUUAGGGUUUAUGCUAUUAGGGACAUACAAUCAAAUAACUUGGAAUAGUUCCUCUCUCUGUGGUUAUGCCCCAAGCUUGAAUCAGGGUUAUGGUUAUUCACUUUGUUUUGCUUAAAUUUUUAGAGAUUGCUUUUUUAUUUUAAUUUUUAAAAGUAAUUGUGUAAACUGUUUACAUGGUUCCAAAGUCAAAUUCACAAAAUGAGCUGUAAUCAGAGAAGUCUAUAUACUAACCCAGUCCCCUCCACCCUACGUCCUCCUUCUACCAUAGAUAAUCAAGUUUUUUCCAUUUUACCCUUCCAUUUAAAAACAUAUAAACACAUGAUAAAUGAUAGCAUACUAAUUCAUUUCACACUUUCCUUGAUCUUGCUUUUUUUCCUUAACAAUAUAUUGAAUAUUAUCCCAUAGAACCAGAUAGAAUGUUCUCCUAUAAAAUGCUCCAUUAUGAGGACAUACCAUUGUUUAUUCAACCAGUCACCCUUGAUUGACAUUUGGGUUGUUUCCGGUCCUUUGCUAUUAAAAUACUGCAACGAUAUGCACUUGCCUUUUUGCAUUUUUGCCUCUCUGUCUCUAGGGCCAAUUUUUCCUCCAUAAGGAUUAUACUACUUUCUAUCCCCACGAACAGUGUAUGAAAGUUUGUGUCCCUAAAACCAAAGAAGGCCCCAGUGGUGUCCCCAGUUCUCACAUCUAUGCAUCCACCAGACUCUGCUUUGGAAGGACGGAGAAGCCUGAAUGGAGGGCUGUUCCACAGCUAGCCCACCCACCGGUCCUGGACUUCUGAGUAGCAAUCAGCAUUCACUAGGAAGACAAGAGGGACAAGCCAACUGGAUCACAGGCUCCUGAGGGAUGGAAGGUUAGCUAGGUUUAAAAAAACCAUCUUAUUUUGAAAAUGUCAUACUUACAACACUAGCAAACUAAAAGGAAAAUAAGCCGAAAACAGAAUAUCACUGCAUGGUCACAAUAAACUGCAUGGUCA